AUGUUCCAGCCAGGAAAAUGUGGCAUCCAUGGGUUCGAGGCAAUUCGAGCUCCAGCCAGGCUGAUCAAGGUGGUUUGCAACAGCUGUCUGGGGAAGAAGGUCUGUGUGCAACGCAGCACAGAUGACACCAUUGGGUACCUUAAAAAGCUGAUUGCAGCCCAGACUGGCACCCAUUGGAAGAGGAUCAUGAUGAAAAAGUGGUACAUGAUUUUCAAGGAUCACGUGUCUCUGGGGGACUGUGAAAUCCAUGAUGGGAUGAACCUGGAGCUUUAUUACCAAUAUAGCAGAUACAUUUCUCCCUGCUCCACCCCUCCCAGUCACCCACCUACACUCUCCAACACUGGUGGAGAAUCUUGUGUUUAA